AUGACGUCGCUCGAUACAAUCGCAUUCCCAUGUGAUGAGGUGGACAAUCUCCGCAUACAAACGCUCAUCACCACACGGCGGCGGUCACUCAGUACAUCCAGCACAGUCUCUACGGAUUCGGAGACUGCCUCCCCUCUGCCCACGCCUCGACAGGUGCCUAGUUCUCUCCGAGCAUGUCCUGCGCGCGCACCAUGCCUUAAGCGCAACACGUCGGCCCCUCAGCCCAGCAUUUACAGCAUCAAAAGCAUCAGCGGCGCCGGCCAGCAGCCUCGCACCGUUGCUGAAACAGACGACGGCGAGGAUUCUGGCAAGUCAAUGGGUGGCGUCCAGAGAUCUCGCGCCGGUGAUUUAGUGUUGCCGAGUCUUCCUGCGGUCACCACCCCACUCUGUUCGUUCGCCCCACCUCGGUCGUUCUGUGCGGCUCCCCCUGCCAGGACCGUGCGAUUCUGCGACUCGCCCCCGGAACGUGGGCUAACGCACAGCGGAAAGCACUACGACCGUCGACCUAUCAAGUGUACUCAAGGUGGUAGUGCAAAUGAUCUCAGCCUUCAUAGGACCUCAACGGUUGGAGAUGGAGACGAAGAAGAGGGCGCCAACGAAGAAGGAGAAGGCAUUCCAAUGGCCCAGCGCAGCGCGGGCAAGACCCGAUGGAGCGGUCUCAAAAACGGAUGCGUCAUUGGCAGCGCUCUCGGCGCUGAUAAUGCUGCGGCAUCUCGAAUGCCGGAGGCACUAUCAGAUCCCAACGUCUGCAAGCUGCCGUCGCACAGUGUGCACUCUCUCGGGCGCCUGUCCAAUUCUGGCAUUGGUGGGCUGGCAAGAACUCAGCCUGGUGGAGGCAACUCUGACCUUUUGUCACACAAUGCUGACGGUGAAGAGGAAGAAGACGCGGAAGAGUCGAGCGCAGAUGACAGUGAAGAGACCGCAACGCCAACCGUGCGCUUUUCGGAGGUUCUCGCCGCGUUGAAGAAUAGUCCCGAUGCUACACCAAGGCAGAGUCCAGCAGUGCGCAUCAGAUGGGAGACCUGUGAAUCUUAUUUCAGCGUUCCUGCCAUCAACGCGUCAAGUUCUGAUGACGAGACGCCGCAGACAAUGACGGCAGCCGUCGAGGCUAAACAUUCCGGAGAGGAGUGCACGCCUACCACGACCAGCCCUUCAGGCAAUGAUUCCCGUGCUCCGUCGCAGCAGAGUGGACAUCCGCGUGAGGCUAGUCCACGGACAAGUCCACUAGCGAGCCCCUCUGCUGAGAGAAGAGAGGUGGUCGAAACACCUUCAGCAGCACCUCCGCGUUCGUCUUCCACAGUGCGAAAGUCAUCGCUCUCUCCAAGUGCUAUGGAGACACGCCAUCCUCAGCCGCCCGCCGUACUUGCCUCCACCGCGUCAUUUGCAGCCUCGCUCAACGCGCUCGGUUUGGCAUCGCCGACGGAUGUGAGCGAAGGUAGCACCAUGUCGUCGUCUAGCAGUCUCAGCGGCAGCCACGGAUGCUUUACGAUGGACUCGUCCCCCAUGUCCUCUAGGUGCUCGAGUGUUGAUCCUUGGAGCGGGAUCAGCAGCGAUGAGAUGGAAGGCGCUCAUCUUGACAGCCCGACAGGCUGCGGAUGGGGUAGCAGCAGCUGUACGAGUCCAGAUCUUUGCCCAGUCGACGUAACAAAGGCUCUGGCUGCGCAUGCACAGCAAUCCCACCGUCAAGACCCGUCGAUGACGCCGCAGCAGCGACAGAUGCGACGAGCAGGAAAGCGGUCCAGCAGCCCGUCCCCAGCAGCCAGUCCGAGCGGUGGUGCUGAUCGCCCCGUGCUACCCGCUGUCGGCGACGCUCCCAACUCUGCGGUGUUAGAUGCAGACAGGAUGCAUCUCGGACUACACUCGGCAUCGAUCAGGUCGAGGAGAGCCGCAAGCCGUCUGUCCACCGAAGCGAGCUCGUCGGCUUCAGCAAAGACGUCUCCCGUCAUCUUGCCAUUAUUAAGCAUUUCUCCGAUCGACUCUGCUCCCGCAUCACCUGCCUUGGAAGCUCAAGCAGACGCGCCUCUCGAUGAGAGGAUAUCGCCCACCAAGAAGGAGCGAAGCACGUCACGGGAAAGUGGGGAUGGGAAACCAUCUGGCGGCGCAAGACGCAAAUCAUCUGGCGCAGGCGGUGGGCCUGGCACCAAGACCAAAAAGUCUGGAGGACGCGUGUCCAACGGAUCGGCAUUCUCUGGAGACUGCUCAUUCGGCGGCGACGAGGGAUGUCUAGGAGGUUUCUGA